AUGACGGCAUGUCUCGCGGGGACACUCAGUGUCACCUCGGGGAUGCGUGACGUCAAGUCUCGCGCGAACACUCAAGUCACGUCGGGGAGCCGUGCCCCGUGCGUCCCCCGUGUAGGUGGGACCCAGCGUCUCCCCCGCCUCGUGGGGCCCUCCGUGGCGAAGGAGCUCAUCUUCUCGGCCCGCGUGCUGGACGGGGCCCAGGCGGCGGUGCUGGGCCUCGUGUCGCGAGACGUCGCUCAGAACCAACUGGGGGACGCCGCCUUCCUCUCCGCCCUGGAGCUCGCCCGCGAGAUCCGCACGCAGGCCCCUGUUGCUCUCCGCAUGGCUAAGAUGGCCAUCGAUCGCGGUGCUGAGGUGGACCUGGCCACGGGCAUGGCGUUUGAGCAGGCGUGCUACGCGCAGGUGAUCCCGACCAAGGACCGUCUGGAGGGUCUCCUCGCCUUCAAGGAAAAGCGUCCUCCCCGAUACAAGGGCGAGUAAAGGAGACCCCCGGAGCAUUCUGUCCUGGACUCGUUCCAUGUUCUAUGUGUGUUGAACUUCUUUUGCACCGUGCGUCGCCAACUGUGCUAAUCGGAGGUGCGGGACCAGUAACCUCUUGGGGGGUUUGGGUUUAAGUCCUGCAUCGAGGUCUCUGUAAUCAAGGUUCACAGUUAUCAUUUCGUUCUGCUGGAACGCCUGGAUUCUUGGGUUCAAGCUAUCGGUCAGGUGUCUCUAUCAAAGUUCCAAAUUUCUAGCCCUAGGUAUCUUAGCGGGUCCACAGUAGAGACACUUUUAUUUACAAUUUUACCGUUGGUGUCGUGAGACUUCAGUAUUCACAUUCGUAUCUCUCGCACAGAUACGAAUGUGGAAAUCAGCCCACGGAAGGGGAUACUACAGAGCUACCUCUGAGAUCCCAUCAAGUGACCCCUGGUCCACAGGGCACCGCACUUUUACACUCCACCUACCCACAUCGAGUCAUAAUGGUUGCAUGACAGUCAAACUGAUCAUUUUUAUUUUUUUUACUUGUAAUGCCAUGAGUUGUUUGGUUAUCGGGCUGAGACAAUGAACUCACUUAUACGUGAGAACUCCGUUUAAUCACAGGCAGCUGCCUGGAUUUGAAACCUGGAUCUCUGCAGUGCCAGCUCAGCACCUUGACCUCUGAGCCACCUGGCUACUUCUGCCAUAUUAGAGACAUGUAGCUCGCAAGUGAUGAAAUCCUGGGUUCAGGCUCUAGAUCUGAGUGUAAGUAAACUGAUAACGGCCUUAAGGAAACAUCAACACCAACCUCCUUGGCUGAACCAUCGAUUCACAUUCUGUGUGAUGCAAUGAAUUACCACAAUUCUGGGUCACGAUAUGAUUCAAGAAAAGAUUAUUACAUUUAUUCGUGAUUGACUUGUAUCAUUUGUGCGGGCUUGCUCAGUCUCGUCUGAACCGUCUGUGUUGCCUGGUUUUUCCCAUUCUGCCUCGUCUUGAUUGUCCGUCGUGUCUUUAUCAUUCUGCAUUGUUGAGUUGCUUCGUACUGUUGUGAUUGUUCUGUCUAGUUUGUACUCGGUUCGUUUUUGAACGUCAGUCUAAAGAACAUGUUCACGAAUCUCAAACAAUGUAUUCUUGCGUUGUGAUAAGGAUCAACAGUUAAUGAACGAAUUGAUGGAUCAUUGCAUGGCUGCCAAGGUGGCCGUGAGUGAUCACGAAUGGAGACUGUCGUCUAGUGUUAGACACUGCUGUGUGACUGCCCCAUUUCAUUUUUCGAUUUAAAGCUUUCGUGACUGCAGGGAUUCAUCUUCUUGGUUCUUUCGGUAAAGUCACGUAGAAGGGAAAUAAUAAAAUAGUAUAUUUUAUUAUGUUUUAUUUUUAUUAUUUUAUUACUUCCCUUCUACGUGACUUUACCGAAAGAACCAAGAAGACGUCCCAUUUCAUUCAAUGAAUCCGUGAAAUCUCGAGCCACAUUUUCGUGCGUCAGGUUUGCUGUGAUACACUGGGAAUUUCUGAGCGCAUUUCUAAAAUCGAAUGCUUGUGUGGUGUGAGAGAUGUCCAUAGGAGAUAAAUAAAUAUAUUUU